AUGCAGCUGUUGAUACAAGCUAGUCCAUUAAUAGAUAAAUUAAAACAUUGGCACCGGGCUAUAUCUUUUAGUGAAGUCCAGUUAACAACUUCUCAGAAGCAAGCAGUGGUGGCCGAAGCAGCCCCUUGGGUUUUAGUGAACGAUUGUCGCUUGCAUCAGGAUCCAUCGGUUCAGGAGCUGGAGACGCAGCGCCGUUAUCACCUCAGCAACUCGGAGUUAUGGUUACGGGACAAUAGCCGUAAUCGACUCCCUAGGGACCAUCGACUAGAGACCCGAGGUGGCGUGAACAAAUCCUUAUUCCCGGCACGUGCCGACCUACUGACACCACCCGUACCAACGGAUGACGACUGA